AUGUUAUUGUGGACUUUUGUGUCGUUCAUAGCAGUUUCCAGUGGGUGUUUUCCUUAUGAUACGAAGUUUACCAAGUCCGGCGAUACGAUUCUGGUACCAACUGCCGCACGCAACCAAUGGUGGUGUCCUGCAAAUAGAUUUUAUGGAUGGCUAGGAUAUGUUCGUGACUUGAAAGGUUGGUCAUGUGGUGAUUUUGUCUAUUCACUGGCUCGUCUUCGACAAGAUUUCAAAAAGAUGGCUGAUGAUGGUGCCAAAAUGGUACGAAUAUACGGUCCAAUUUGUGAACAACAAAUGGUCUGGGAUAAUAUUGUACAAGCAGCUGCUGAAAAUAACCUUGGAGUACUCGGUAUUGUCUGGCAUGGAUAUAGCGAUGCUGAACUUAGUAAAUGGGAAGAACGGAAAAAUUCUCUACUUGCAGUUCUCAGAAAGCCACUGAGCAAAUAUGUCAUUCAUUCCGUUUCGUUCGGUUCAGAACCAUUAUUUUCAUGGAGCAUUUCAGGUAUUUUUGUUUCCGAAUUACAAAAAAUAAAGAGUGAAUUGAAAGCAUUGGAUAUUCCACUCACUGUUAGCGAGAUGAAAUAUGGGUAUGAUAUUGCUCCUGCUGCUGCAAGAAAUGCUGUUAUCAAUAACAUUGAUUUUAUUUCUGCACACAUCAUGCCUUAUUAUGGCACAUGUGAUAUGCCUGGAGCAGUGUGGGGUGUUAUAGAGAGAGAAAUAGAAGCGUUCAAGCGCAUGAUUCCUGAUAAACAAAUCAUGAUUACUCAAAAUCCUUGGGGCUCAAGUAAAAACGGUCGCAAUCGUGGAUCAAACUGUGGAUCUGAUGUGUGGAAAGGUGUUUCUUUGGAAGGUGCUAAUGAAUAUUGGAGACUUUGGACGAGUCGUUGUCAAUAUUUUAAACAACAACAAAUUGGAUGGUUUGCACAUACAUUUUCGGCCGAUUCGGAGUUUAAUUUUGGAAUUUAUGGUCCGCGCACUGAUGUGGUGCCAUAUCCGCGCCAUAUCGAUUUUAAGCCUGUUUCUUGCUAAAUAAUUUUCUCUUGUACUGAAAUUCAAUUGAAAUAUAUAAAAAUUUCUCAAGAGAAAAACAUGAUCGCUGUACUGGGUUAUUCAUGUGACAAAUAGUAGGAUCCAUGAGAACAGCGGAAAUCCUGAUAUUCGCCAUUGGCGAAUGUCCUAUUGGCGAAAGUCUUAUAGACGAACUUCUGGUAACUCAUACCAAAAGAUACAACGUGAAAAGC